UAUGACUGGAGAAAAACCAAAAAUUGAUGUUUCCAAAGCUAUUGGAUACGAAUAUUCUCAAAAAAUAUCCUAUAAUAGACGAGACGUGAUUCUACAUGCGCUUGGUAUCGGAAUAGGUUCAGAAGAAUUGAGAUUCGUGUAUGAAUUAGAUCCGAAUUUCACAGUCUUUCCCACAUAUCCACUUGGCCUCUCAUUGAAAGGCGAUAGCAACGAUGUAAAUUCUUUUGCUGAGCGUAUCGCUCGUAGUAUUUCAAUACCCGGUUUGCCGCUGCCUAAUCCCAAAAAAGUUAUAAACGGGCAGCAAUCGUUAGAGAUUUUGCAUCAUCCGUUGCCGCUGGAAGGAAAUUUUGAGAUGCAUUCUAAGAUUGUUGGCGUAUAUGAUACAGGAAAGGCAAUCAUUAUCGAUACACACCACACAUUAAUCGACCCAAAAACAAAUAUCGUAUACGCUAAAUUAAAAAAUCAAUCGUUUAUGCUUGGGCUUGGUGGUUUUGAUGGUCCAAAACAGAAAAAAGGACCAAUAUUCUCGCCACCAAAAGAUAAAAAUCCAGACGUGAUAGAUGCCUUGAAGACGGAAACAAAUCAAGCAUUGUUGUUUAGGCUUUCUGGGGAUUAUAAUACUUUACAUGCUGACCCAACAGUCGGUCAAUCAACUGGAUUCAACGGAACAAUUCUUCAUGGAAUAGCCACCAUAUCGUUUGCUGUCCGUUCUGUGCUCAAACGUUUCGCAGAAAACGACUCAACCCGCUUUAAAUCUGUGACUGGCCGAUUCUCGAGCCCUGUAUAUCCCGGAGAAACUUUGGAAACCCACAUUUGGAAAAUUAAAGAAGAUAAAUCCGAAAUUUUUUUGGUUUUCGAAACUGUUGUAAAAGAACGAAAUAAAGCUGCGAUCAGUAAUGGAGCUGUUGUUUUGCAUAGAAGUGGAAAAAGCGGUGUUGGAAAAGCAAAGUUAUGA